AUGCCUCUAAUUCAUGAUGGACAUGCUUCCCAUAAAAGUUCAGAAGCUAUUAAAUGGGCCAGGGAAAGAGGCAUUAUCUUGUUUGUUCUACCUGCUCAUAGUUCACAUAUAUUACAACCACUUGACGUAGCUAUAUUUGGUCCAUUCAAGAGCUGGUUUCAGGAAAACAGGAAACCCCUGGACACAAAUGUGAUAAUCCCACAGCAGUUGUUGCCUUGCGAGAGUUUCAGAGAGGUAAACCCAGUCGCCAAAGUGAAAGCCAUCAAGUCUGGUCCUGAAGCAGUUGAGAAGUUCCUGCUUGAGAAAGAAGAGCAAAUACAAUUAGAUCAUAGGUUGCCUGGAGGUCUAAUAGUAACACGCUUGACUGUCAUUCCUGAGAUCCAGGCCUGCUUCAAAAAUGGGUGGAUAGCAUACGACACUCACUGCUACAUGAUUGGACAUAAAACACAGACGUUCAUGGAGGCACAUUACUAUUGUACUCUGCAUGGAGGAAACCUUGUCCGUAUUGACGACAUUUGGGAGAAUAGUUUUCUGAAAAAUCUUCUAAGAAAUCUGAAAGUAUCAAAUACAUGGACUGGUUUAUCUGACCAGAGAGCAGAAGGUGUUUGGCGAUGGUAUGGUUCGGACAAACAUGUAACCUUCUCUGAUUGGGGGCCUGGCGAGCCAAACAAUUUCGAGAACAGAAAUGAGGACUGCGUAGGUUUUUUUCCUAAGCUGAAUUACGCUUGGAAUGAUUUUAAUUGCAAUGAAAAACACCGGCCAUUAUGCGAGAAAUCUUGAACGAAUCUUUUACAGUAUCACACGGCACAUUAAAUAUUAGUCAAAUCAGAUUUUAAUAUAAAAAUCCAACUGCAACAGAUAAUUAUGAUACAGAAAACAAUGCAGUGCAGUAAUCUUUUCACAUUAUAUAUAUUUCUGCAAGUUGUUUCUUCGCAAGCUCUGCAAAUCUGAAAUAUUGUUGGAAAACGUCAUUCUUACACUUUCUUUCAAACUUUGUAAAUGUUACAUUUUAUGUUAAAUCAUCGAUACACUUAACGAUCUAAAAGAUGAAACAAAGGAAAAUAAUCAAACAUAAGAUACUCUUUUACAAACAAUAUGUUAAAUGGACCUGCCUUCUGAUGACCAGUAAACUUUCAAAUUUUUGAUAACAGCAUACUAGUAUUUUAGCCAUCGAAAAUUAUAAUGCACUACUGUUUAAAUAUAUAUCUUUAUGUGUAUGAAAUACAGUAAAGCUAUAUUCUUUCAACAAUGCAUUUUGCGUCAUCUUUCAAUAUCUAUUUUAAUAUAUAUUUAUUUAUUCUAUAUAUUUAAUAUAUUAAAAAUGAUUUUGAAACUAAGUUCCUUAAAUUGACAGGACCAGUUUAUUCUAUCUUUUACUUGUAAA